AUGGUAUCGAAUGGGACCCUACGCCACGAGCGGGAAGAAGAACCGACUAUUGGAUUGAAUACGGAUGGUAAAACUGUAGAGAUUGCUAGGAAACGAGUUUCUAGUUUGGACAGUGCUCGGAAACCUCGUAAAAAGAGGAAAACAUACAGCUGCGACGUUUGCCGCAAAUUUAAGACGCGGUGCGAUUUUGAACCGCUGAUAGGGCGGUGUCAUCGUUGCAAUGUGCUGAACUUGGAGUGUUCUCUCACUCAUGAGCGCCAGGAUGAGAUUCUUGCGGCUAUAGAAAGUUCAUCCGGUACAGCUCUUUCAACGUCCAACCUGGAACCUACUUCGAACGAAAAAGCUCCCAAAUCGACGUCGGUUUCACAUCCCGUGGCUUCAACUCUCAAUAACAGACUGAACAAACUUGAAGCAAAUUUGAAUAGUCUCAGUAGCAAGCUGGAUUUGCUGUUAAUGCUGGCGCAGGGAACAAAUACUGCAGUUAAAUCGAACGAAAGCGAUCUCAACAACAGUCUUCAGGCUGAAAAACCAUCCACCCAGAGUAAUGAAUCUUGUACAAGGACUCACGAUAACUCCAAGUCAGAUGAUUCAGAAGAUCAGAGCGAAGAGAGAGACUCGACGCCUGCUACCAAACAGCUCCCCCACUCAUUCUACACAGAUUUCCACAAAGUAGACCUGAAUGGUCUUAAAUUGCAAGAACCACCGCUGAAGCUCAUCAGUGAUAUCGACGAGCGUCUUUUCCCUACCAAAGCACAAUCACAAAAGGACAGAAUCGCCAAGACGCAAAGGCCGUUUGUCGUGGCAAGAACAAACUUCCUUAAAUUCUUCAAUCAACACGAACAGAUGUGCCUCUUCUUGUCUCGAGACUUUCUCAUCAAAUCUCACUUUUGGAUUAUACCAGGAGGUGUAAAGGAGAUAAAUCGGCCGUAUGUCGAGAAGCACCUGUUUAUUUCUAGUGUUUUUGCCAUUAUUGCCAUGGGCUUCGAUGAGAAUAAAAAGUACGAAGAAGAGCAGGAAAUAAUGUACCCGUUGGUCGAGCGGCUUCUCACAAAUACUCUCACAAUGUUUGAGAGACUGACAGACCACGACAUCGAGGCUAUUCUUUACUGUAGCAUGUUCAAUGUGUCAAGGAAGUCAAAAAGGCACCGACAGAUGAAAUUCAACUCCCUAGUUCUGACGAACUUUGCAAUAAGCAGCCUACUGAAUAUCAUCGAUUUCCACAAAAUCAAAGAGAGAGUCAUGAUUGAUGAGGAGUACGAUGCAUUGGAUAUCUAUCAUUUGAGAAUCCUAAAUUCCCUUACAGCCUGUAGGCUGCAAUACUCCAUUGGAUUUGGUAGUUUUCUGGUCCCUGACGAAGUACUAAAAGAUUUCAAUAAUCUAACAGCAAGAUUCCCGCAAGCAAAUUUUGGUGACGACAUUAAAAUAAGUGAAAUCAACCUGAGUGAGAUUGUCAACACUAUAUUUCUCAAUUUUAAGUCCUAUUUCAGAAGUUUCUCGGACGACUUCUCGGCCAAACACAAGAGGAGUGGGGCCGAAAAGCGCAGCACUAAGACCCCGGUGAAGCCUUUGACAUUCCCCGAGUUAGAGUACUGGCUUAAGAACUGGGACGAGCUGCUUUCGAAAGACGGGGGAGGGGUUCUUUUGUUUGCUUUCAACUACUACUAUAUCAUGAUUUGCCGGUCAUUUUUAACAGAUUUCUAUGAGGAAUAUCAAAAUGAUCCUUACUUCUUUAGAUCUAUUUUGAAAACCAUGAAAAGAUAUUGUUUUACACUCUUGGACGGAUUUUUGAAAUUGCCCUCCUCGCUGAUAAAGGGAGCACCGGUGAUCACGGUAUAUCAACUGGUGUACGCGUGCCUCACGCUUUGCGACUUUUUGCAUUUUUUCGAUGCCGCCGAAAGAGAACAAAUACUGAGCCUCUGCACUAGAAUAUACUGGCAUUUGCACACCAUAGGAGAAAAGUUGAAUGAAGCUACAGAAAAUGUUGGGAAGAUCAUCAAGUCUUUAAUCGAGACAGGUAAAAAAAAGGUCAAUGGUGGAAAUGACGUACUCGCCUCAUUUCGAGAUUCAUCACAGAGAGUGCACGAUAGCCCAUACCCUUUGCAAAGCGUUUUGAACAGUCACGAAUCACCUCAGAGUGUCGUUUCAGCAGCUUCUCAUGCAAGCGGUACAGAAAGCACUGCGGGUGGUAGCUUCAAUAUGCCUGACGUAGACCAAUUCAAUUCGUUUGAGGACUUUUUUCAAGACUUUUUCGAGAAUUUGAAACCUACGACGCAAAACAUAUUUUCAUCUGCAAGACCUGAGUCUCAUUGA